AUGCCUGAUUACUUCUUUCAUGUCGCGGUUGAAUUGUUUCCAGAUCCAACCCUCAAAGCGAAGCAAACUGACCGGCAGCAGCCUCUGAGCCUCUCAACCUUUUUCAGAGCCUUGAAGCCGUUUACCAGUUCUGGAGGAAGACGAGAGUCGCGAGAUCACCUUUUUGACCGCAAGAAAGACCAUCUCUCUACGAGCCCUGCUCGUCCAUAUCAAUCAGCGCAGUCGGAACAGAUCCCUCGUGACCUCUGCCACUCUGACCCCGAGGAUCAUCGUUUAGAUACCAUCGUCCUAGAAAGUACAGAUAUGUCGGCCCAUUCGGGCGGGAAUGAGGAGGGCCUGGUGGCAAAGGAAAACAUCAUCGGAAAAGGGAUUGGUAGCGCGAUAUCGGGCCACCACAUGAAAGGACGGUACGAACCCUUGGAGAGCCACGACAGCGCUGAAGGUUGGGGGAUUGUUCACCUUUACAGAGAUGCGGAAGAGACGGCUGGGCUAUACAAAGACUCAGUCUACCGUUCAAGUGAUUUCUGGAGCGAUGGAUUGCGCAAUCCGCCGUCAGGAAAGCCACACCCUCCGCCCAAGGAUGAAGACUGUACAACCCUGUGCAUCCUGGCGGUUCCAUCGUAUAUGACGCCUUCGGACUUUCUCUCCUGGGUGGGCGAGGAUACACGGGGCGAAGUCAGCCAUUUCAGAAUGGUGCGCACCUCAAGGGCAAACCGCUACAUGGUCCUCAUGAAGUUUAGACAUGGCAAAAAGGCAAGAGAGUGGCAGCACGAAUGGAACGGCAAGGUUUUCAAUAGCAUGGAGCCGGAGACCUGCCACGUUGUGUUUCUCAAGUCAGUGGAACUGGUCCAGACUCCAUCGUCCGUGGAUCAAAGCACAGGGCCGAGCUCGCCCACAACAAGCUACCCUCGCAUGUCGAAUGAUCCUUUUGUUCCAGCCUCUGCGACGACAAAACCACUCGCACCGCGAACCCCAUCCCUGGUCGAACUGCCUACUUGUCCGGUCUGCCUUGAGCGCAUGGACGAGACCACAGGCCUUUUGACCAUACCUUGCCAACACGUUUUCCAUUGUACGUGCUUAGAGAAAUGGUCUGGCGGCGGAUGUCCCGUCUGUCGGUAUACUCAUGACGACUUCUCCUCACGACUGGCUUCAUCCAAAUUCAAGAGCAAAACAUCCACAGGAGAAUAUGAACCAUACGAUGGCCCGCUAGAGUGUGAGGUCUGCCACGUGGAUACAAGCUUAUGGCAAUGUCUCAUAUGUGGGAAGAUUGGUUGCGGCAGGUAUGAAGGCAAACAUGCAUACGCCCAUUUUGAAGAGAGUGGACAUACAUUCAGCAUGGACCUGGAGAGUAAGCGAGUCUGGGACUACGCAGGCGACGGUUAUGUGCAUCGAAUCAUCCAAGACGCUGCGAAACCGGGCGAGAAAUUGGUCGAACUACCGGGCAGACGACGUGAGCCGACCGCUCUCCAGGGAGAGGAGGACCUCGACGUUGCCAAAAUGGACAAUAUCGCCUUGGAGUAUACGCACCUGCUCACAAGCCAGCUAGAAAGUCAGCGGGUGUAUUUUGAGGAAGUUGUCCAGAGAGCCGUGGACAAAGCCUCGGAGGCAACCAAGAAAGCAGAACGGGCGAUGGAGGAGAGUCGCCUCGCCACAGAGAGACUCUCGACUCUAGAAAGCGAACAUGAUUUGGUCGCCAAAGGUCUCGUUCCAGAGCUGGAAAAGGAAAAAGCACGACUUGAAAAACGAAGCGCAAAGUUUGAAGAGAUGGCCAGGACCAUUAACCAAAAGUACCAAGAAGAGAAGGCACUGACAAAGUCUCUGAUGCAGAGGAUUGAGCAUUACGAAUCUUCCCAGGAGACACAAGUGGACAAGCUGAAGCAGACGAUACAGAGACUCGAGGAAGAAAACGCCACCAAGGACCUAUUAAUGGAGGGCCUGAGGGACGAACAUCGUGAUGCUAUGAUGCAGAUCUCCGCCCAGAGAAAGUUACAGGAGAUGGUGGAGAAGGGCGAGCUGGAGCAAGAGGAUCUAGAGGGCGCCGUCAUUGAAGCUGGGCCUGCUCCGGCCCCGAAGAGGACAUUGCGCGGAGGGAGAGGCAGGAGAGGCCUCAACAAUCAGAGCCGCAAUCCUGAAGCAAUGAAAAAUCCUUCGCAGCAGCAGCAGCAGCGAGUAAUUUCGGGCGGCCCAACACCGUCUGCUUCCAAAAGCAUACCCGAAGAAGCCCAAUCUAUCUACGAGGACAUCUUCGGCGAGAGCUCACGGAGCCAGGACUGGGACGAGGAGAAAGCGAAGAAGAUCCUCGACGAGUGUAGGGCCAAGCUGCUUGGGGAAGGUCUACUCGUCCCGUCGGCGCCGCACGUCGAGACCGAAGGCAGUAGUGAUAUCGAGCUUGACGGCGAAGAAGAGGGUGGUGGCGAAGCGAAGGCAAAAGCAACCGCCGCGAGGAAGAGGAAGGGGAAGAAGAAAGCGAAAAAGUGA